AUGGCUGAAUCGCGGUAUGAUUACUCCACCACAGUCGCGAUUCUCUCUCACACGGCGGUAUUCAAGCAGGGCAGCCACCCACGAUAUGGUGCAGACCCAGUGGCGCUGAAGGUGACGGCCACACCGCUGCCAGUGCAGUCCGGCCAUGAUGCCGCGCACCCAACACCGCACGAGGCGAGGGUGUACGCAUUGUUGUGCCCGCACCCGUCGAUCCCCACCUUCGUGGAGUGUGAGGAGGAUUUGUUCGACACGUCACGCUUUUUCGCGGAGGAGUAUCGCUGUGGAGUGCAGCGGCUACCUAUCCUCGUCACACAGUUCGUCAAGGCGGCUUCAGUUGAUCGUUUCUUUCUCUCCUUCCCUGUGAUACGGUGGUCAGUCGUGGUGCGGGUGGCGCGCGACGUCGCUGCGGUGCUGCAGCACGUGCACAGCAAAGGUGUUGUCUACGGCGACCUCAAGCUUCCGAAUGUCCUUCUUGGUAAUGGGGGCCGGACGUGGCUGGUUGAUUUUGCCAGCGCUGUGGUUGUGGGCGAGGCUGCUGCUUCGGCCUCUCCCUUUGCCCCCUGUGAGGCGAGAGGCGGUAUAAGGCGGGAGGAGCUUGCGCGAGGCGUGACGUUGCAUAUGCGGGCACCCGAGCUGUUUCCCUCCACUGACGUGGGAAAUGACGCUUAUAAUAUGGUGCUGCUGCAGCAUCCGUUUAUGGUGGACUUCUGGUCGUUUGGGGCGCUCCUGCUGGAGUUGCUUACGGGUCGUCCCUGCCUCGGUUCCUUCGCCAUAGGCAGCGGUACGCUGUCAGCGGGGGAACUGCAGGCGAAAGUAUUGGAGGGCUGGGCGCUUGCCAAGAGGCGCUACAACAACAGCAGCAGCGGCACACAUGGGCCGCACCAGGUCAACACCGCCUGGGAGGCUCUUAAGGAUAUGCUCACGGGGUUGCUGCAGCACCGCCCAGAGCAACGACUUGGCUUUAGUGAUGGCUGGGAUUCUGUACUGCAGCAUCGAUUUUUUGAAUGUGUAAAAACUAAUCUCAAGGAACCUUUUCCGGAGGAAUAUGAUGACGAGAUCAGCGAGUUGUUGUUGGGGCUCUAA